CUUGAGUGGAAGCCAUCUUACAGAACGCGUUGACUCAUCCAAAGGCAGGCUUUCCGUCAAAACACAAACGCUUUGCAAACAAAAUCCACUUUCGGUUUGCCUUCAGAUGUAUUGUUCAUAAAGUGUGGACACAUUUGGAGAAGAAAUACACGAAGUAUUUAAACGGUAACUGAAUAUUGAAAAAUUAACCAUUGCUUGAGAGAAGAGGAGCCAUACAAACGACUGGUAAACGAUGGGCACUGUAUUGAGUUUAUCUCCGAGAGAUCGCAAGAUUGUUAUGUAUAACGACUCGACUAUAGAAGCGAAUAAUGGGUUCAAUUUGAAUGCAUUUAAUUAUAGCGAACACAUGAAUCAUAUGAAUAACGCCAAGAAUAAGGGCAAGAAUAAUGUGUUCACGAAUAACAUGGAGAACAACAAGAAUUUCUUUAAUCACAACCACUCGCAUAAUAUCGUAACCAAUAAUAACAAUAAUAAUAAUCAUAACAACAAUAAUAGCAAUCAAAGUCACGGCGGACUCAAGAAGUCGUUGGGUUUCAUAAACGCUCUCCAUUUGGGGAAACACUUCAAUAUAAACAGAGAUAAAAAGAAGUUAGAAAAGAAUAAACAGAUUCUUCUGCAGCAGAAUAUCAACAAUAAUAUUAAUAAUAGACAGCCCUUAGAGUUGGCCAACAAUUUGAAUGACAUCAACAACAAGAAUAUGCAGAAGUCGUUGUCGUGUUAUAACCUCAAGUCGGGAAUGACGACCAACAACAUCGAGAUCGUCAAGAAUGUCAACAAAGACUUGUGUCCGCCAAACCAACACCCGGUGAUCGCUGGCAAACCGGUCGCACCUCCGCUGCCGCCGAAGCCAACCAUUCUGUUGUCGAAGAACUCCAUCAGACCGUCUUGUAAUGUGUUUAACGCCGGCCUCACAAACCAUAUGAAGAAUGGUAUCACUCUAUCCAACAAUGUUUCCAAUUUUUCAUCACAAAUCAGUCCCACAAGUAAUCAAAGGAAAACAGUCAUUCAAGCCUCGACUUCGGAGUUAUUGAGAUGUUUGGGUGAUUUCCUGACAAACAAAUGCCAUAAAUUGAAGAACUUUCAGUCCGGAGAUGCGGUUAUAUGGCUGAGGGCUGUUGACAGAUCACUACUGUUACAGGGCUGGCAGGACAUAGCGUUCAUAAAUCCGGCGAACGUUGUGUUUCUAUAUAUGCUUUUGCGAGAACUCAUUCAGGAGGACGUGGAGAGCGAGAAGGAGUUGCAGUCAGUGGUGCUCACCUGUCUCUACCUCUCGUACGCCUAUAUGGGAAACGAGAUCUCGUAUCCAUUGAAGCCAUUCCUAGUGGAGAAUGAGAGUCGAGACAAGUUCUGGAACCGAUCCCUUUUCAUCAUUAAUUUGCUCAGUAGUAAAAUGUUGCGAAUCAAUAGCGAACCCGCGUUUUUCACCGAGAUUUUCACCGAACUCAAGGCCUGUCAAGUUAUACCUCCCGUCUCUGGUUAA